AUGAAUUUUACUUUUGUUACGUUAGCGGCGGUCGUGAUCUGUGCCGCUGCUAUAGUCAGUGCCAAAGUCGGGUAUGGACCAGGUGAACAGGCAUGAGGCCACGUUGAGGUGCGCAAGGGUGCUCGCAUGUUUUAUUGGUUGUACUACACCACUGCCAAUGUCAGCGAUUACACUAAACGACCUUUAGCAAUUUGGUUACAAGGAGGUCCGGGGGCCUCAUCCACCGGCUAUGGAAAUUUUGAGGAAUUGGGCCCACUAACCCUAGAAGGCGAUUAUCGCGAUUGGACCUGGGUUAAAGAUAUGAAUGUUCUAUUCAUUGAUAAUCCAGUUGGCAGUGGUUUCUCCUACGUAGAUAAUAGCUCUUUAUUAACGACGGAUAACAAGCAAAUUGCUAAGGACUUAGUUGAAUUCAUGAAAGGCUUCUAUAAAUCGCACUCGGAAUUUGAAGAGGUUCCUUUGCAUAUUUUCUGCGAAAGUUACGGCGGAAAAAUGGCUCCAGAAUUCGCUUUAGAAUUAUAUUACGCUAAAAAAAGAGGAGAAAUACGUAGCAAUCUGCAAUCAGUAGCUUUGGGUGACCCUUGGACUUCACCCAUAGACUCGGUGUUAAGUUGGGCGCCAUUAUUACUGAACAUGGGCAUUGUAGAUUAUGACGGUUAUGACAAAAUUAUGGCCGCUGCCAAUAAAACCUUGGAAUUAAUAGAAGCCGGCAAAUGGACCGAAGCAACUGCCCAAUGGGGUAAUACACAAAGCGUAGUACAUAAGCAAUCCAAAGGCGUAGAUUUUUAUAACAUUGAAAAGCCAACUCGUGGUGACACUUUUCAAACAAAACAAUCUGAUUACGAUGUCAUGUUCCGCACAUUGGUGCAUUAUGAUAUUGAUGAGAAUCGUGAUCAAAUGUUGUCCGAUCUAAUGCGAACGAAUGUUACCAAAGCUUUAGGUUUACCUUCCCAUGUAAAGUGGGGUUCGCAAAGUGGACUGACAUUCCAAAAAUUACGGGGAGAUUUCAUGAAACCCGUAAUAGAUGUUGUUAGCGAACUGCUGGAUAAGACCACCUUGAAGGUUGGCGUUUUUUCCGGACAAUUGGAUUUAAUAUGCGCUACACUUGGUUCCGUUAAUUGGAUUGAUCGAAUGCAAUGGAGUUACAAGCAGGAUUAUUUAAAUGCUCCACGCGAAGCUAUUACCGUUGAUCGUGUAUUGGAGGGUUAUGUAAAAACUGCUGGUAAUUUUUCCAUGUUCUGGGUGAAUCGUGCCGGUCACAUGGUGCCCGCGGAUAAUCCAGCUGCAAUGAGUUUUAUUUUGAAAAAAUUUACUAAUCAUGGUUAAGAGUUUUAAAAAAUAAACCCAUUAUAAAAAA